AUGUCAUCUGUUGGGAAAAGGGAUAUGAUGGAUAUUGAUUCAAUUGGAUGCAUGAAAUCUUCUGGGAAGAUGUUAUUAGAAGAUAUUUCAUCUCCAAUUGGCGACGUCACAAUGGUCAUCCCACCAAUGGUCUACCGAAAUUCACUUACAGUACCCACCAGUCCCUUCUUCAUCAGUGAUAAUGGAAUGAGCACCUAUCGCGACGAGCCUCCAUCCUACAACGAGAUCGUAGACCGUGGUGUUUCCCCUGUCCCAUGCCAACCAAAAGUUGCACUUCCAGAAGUUUAA